CCGCAACCACCCGCAUCCGCAAACGCCCGCAACCGCAACCGCAACCGCUGCGUUUGAACCAGUCAGACCCUUAGUUCCUUUCUUGUGUAAUGCAUCACGUAUUAUUUAAUCUUAGUUAUCGAAGAACUGGAUUAUAUUGUCAUUGUGAUUUCAAGUUCUUGCUAGUUAGGUGAUCAUCAAGCUGAUUACCAUAAUCACAUUACUUAAAACACAUGCACUUGUUCUAAUCUAGUGGAUUUGAUUAAAAACACACACACAAGAUUUAGCAUCAUAUAGUAAUCAUCUAAUCUUAUUUAUAUGCUUAGCCUACAAUUCAUAAUUAACUAGACUAGUUGCAUGAAGGCAAAGUAGAAUCAGAUGAUAUUAAAUAUAACAAAAACUCUUAAAAACUUGAUAAAUAAAAGAUAAUACAAGGCAUGACCGUCUAAUAUUUGUUGUUCUUUUUCAUUUAUAAAGAGAAAUAACUUGGAACUAUUAGAGCAUAUUUAUCGAUGUUGUUUCACACGGUCUCUUAAUGUAAAAGUGAAUCAAAAUAAAUCAAAAAUAUGUAAUAAGUGAAAACACGUCUCUUAAAUUGGAACAAUAAGAGGCGUAUCUUAAAGGACACAUGUUUGUUUCCUUCUUCCUCUUUUGAUUCUCCUCCUUUCGAUCCUGACUACUGAUAAAUCCUCCUCCUUCUUCCACCUCCUUGCUCCUCCUCUGGUGCCGGACCUCAAACUCUGUCUUCUCUCUGCGAACCUCUGUUACCAAAAGUAAAGGCAAAUUCUAUUGUCUUUUCUCUGGCGGCAACCAGAAGGAGAUUGAUUGAAUUGGUCCUGGGAAUCAGUAUGUUACAGCUGUUAAGAUGAUUCUACAAGGUGCGCUUUAGGCGCCAACUGACUCCGGACCGGCACUGAAUGCAUCACACAAGGAAAGAAGUGAAAUUUGUACAUGAUUAGUAAUUUGUAGCUACAUUCCUAAGCCUUCGCAUGCAGCUCACUUUUGUGUGCAAUAAAUCAUUUUCUUAAAAUGUAACAAAUUAUAUGGGUAAACAUAAGUACAUAAAAUGUAGAAAAUAUUUGAAAUUCUGGAAAUAAAUAGAAACAUAUUGUGGAAACUACUUUAGUUAUAUAGUUUUAUUAAUAGUUCAUUAAUAUUUCUCUAUUGAAAAUUGGAUUCCAAAAAAGAAAUUAUGGACGCAAAACCCAUCUCCUAGAUUCUCAUGGUUCGCUAACAAGCUACUAAAAACGGCUUCCUCUGCCUACAACUGGAUCAAAGUUAGAAUAGGAAGAGGUACCUCAGUUCGUUUUUGGACAGAUAACUGGUCGCCUUACGGGAAGCUCUCUGACUUCUUGUCUCCUCGCAAUCUGAAUACUAUGGGAGUCCCUUUGAACGCAACUUUGGCUGACAUCUGCAACAAUGGAGAAUGGAGAAUCAGAUCACCACGCUCGGAUAAACAAAUGCUGGUGCAAACCUUUAUGACUACUUUCCAUCUUACUGACACAGAUGAUGAAUUUUACUGGCAGAUAGAGGACAAGGAGCUUCUAAAAUUCAAAACUGGAAGGAUCUACAACCUCUUCCAAAGGCACGAGCCUGAAGUUCCUUGGGGAAGGAUCGUCUGGAAUCGUAGCGGCAUUCCAAAGCACAGCUUCUUAACUUGGCUAGCGGUUUUGAAUCGUCUACCAACUCGCGAUCGCCUUCUCUCUUGGGGCCUUGCAGUUGAUCCCUCUUGUGUUCUAUGCUCCGGAGGUACUGAAUCUCGCAAUCACCUUCUUUUUGAAUGUACUUAUAGCUGGAACCUCUGGUCUGCUUCCGCUGCUCGUUGUGACUUCCACCCAACAGCUUCAGACUGGACUUCUACCCUAUCGACACUUCAAGCUAUACAUCUACCCUCCUGGAAGACUCGCCUCCUCCUCCUUGUCUGGCAGCUCGUUAUCUACUCUAUUUGGUACGAGCGAAACGCCCGCAUUCACCGUCUCACCUUUCGCUCAACCGAUUCCGUCCUCUCCAUGAUUGACAGAACGGUUCGUAACCGUAUUCAAGCCCUGCGUGAAUCAAAUCCUCAACUCUCCUCUCAGAUGAUCCAAGCUUGGCUAUAAACUCACUUCUCCUUGUGCCUCUUUGACUACUCCGCCGAUCACUAGCUGAAUCGAUCUCUUAUUGGGUUCUUUUUUAUGUGGGUUCUAACUAUUGGGCUAACUAUCAAAAACACUAAGGCCUAUAGCUUGUAUUUUUUGUAUUCUCAUGCUUUAAAUAGAAGAA